UGUCCUCCGUCUCAGUCUCCUUCAUCAGUGCGGCUCUCAGAACACUCUCAUCAGCUGUUGCACCCGCGCGGGGGGCUCAAGAAGUGGGGUAAACUUUCAUCCAAAUAGCAACCGGGAUCCCAUGUAGCUGUAGGAAGGAGCAGUUUUCCAAUCUAAAAUGGCAAAAAGGUUUCUCGCGUUUUUGGAGCCGCUCUUCUGGUGUAUGUGCAUCACUCUGUCGCCGGCUGCAGCGCAAAGGAGAGAAGAGAGUGGAGUAUCACUGUUGCAAUUAAUUGGUGAUCCUCCACCUGAUGGCAUCACCAAAGACUAUGGCUCCGACAGCCCUGGCUAUGUUUUUGGCCCAAACUCCAAUGUUGGCAAGUCCGCUGCGUCUCACCUGCCAAACCCUUUCUUCCGCGACUUUUCCCUCAUCUUUAACAUAAAACCAACGUCUACCAAGCCUGGCGUCCUCUUCUCUAUAACGGACCCAUCUAAGAAUAUCAUGUAUGUGGGUGUGAAACUGUCUGCCAUCGUGAAUGGCAAACAGGACAUCAUCUUCUACUACACCGAGCCAGACUCACAGAGCUCAUACGAGGCCACCAGAUUCCCUGUGCCUUCCAUGCUGAACACCUGGACCCGGUUUUCUAUCAGUGUUCGAAAUGAGCAGGUGGCCCUUUACUUCAAGUGUGACUCUGACCCUCAAGCCGUCAAUUUUGAGCGGUCUCCCGAUGAUAUGGAUCUGGACGCAAUGGCUGGAGUGUUUGUUGGUCAUGCCGGUGGAGCGGACAGUGAUAAGUUUCUGGGUGUCAUCGGCGAUCUGAGGGUGUUGAAAGACCCUGGAGCGGCUGAACGCCACUGUGAGGAAGACGAGGAUGACUCAGAUGGGGGAUCGGGUGAAGGCAGAGGAAGUGGUGGCGGCGGGUAUGAAACACCAUCAGUCCAGCCAACACCUCCCUCCUCUCCGCCACUCCAGCCGCCACCAGUGACCAACAAACUGCCAGGCUCCUACAGUGAAUCUCGACAAAUGUCUGGCUCUGGUGAUUCCCGACAAAAUUAUGGCUCAUAUGGUGAUUCUCGAAAAACCUCUGGCUCAUAUGGAGGUUCUCGACAAAUGUCUGGCUCUGGUGAUUCCCGCCAAAAUAAUGGCUCAUAUGGUGAUUCUCGAAAAACGUCUGGCUCAUAUGGAGGUACUCGAAAAACUUCUGGCUCAUAUGGAGGUUCUCGACAAACUUCUGGCUCAUAUGGAGGUUCUCGACAAACUUCUGGCUCAUAUGGGGAUUCUCAACAAACUUCUGGCUCAUAUGGUGUUUCUCUACAAACUUUGGACUCAGUUGAUAUUAUCAGGCAAACUUCAGGGUCAUCUGAUGGUUCUAGACAAGCUUCAAACACUCUAAGAACAUCAGGCUCAGCUGAUGAUGGCCUGCGGUAUUCUGUGGAGUCCAGGCUUGGUUCAACAGGUUCUACUGGAGCAAGAGGAGAGAAAGGAGACAGAGGGGAGAAGGGUCCCAAAGGUGACAUGGGUUCUGCGGGGCCAAAGGGCGAGUCGGGAUCUGGAUCUCUGUCUAGUGGUGUUCUAAAAGGAGAUAAGGGUGCCAUUGGAGAGAAAGGAAUGAAGGGCAAUCCCGGUUUUGGUUACUCUGGAUCAAAGGGUGACCCUGGCCUCCCUGGGCCACCGGGGCCUCCUGGUCCCCCGGGUCCCAGUACAGAGGUAGAGGUGAGGGGAGAUGGUUCUGUAGUGAAGAGUAUGGUGGGGCCGAGAGGACCACCUGGACCACAAGGGCCGAGAGGACCUGCUGGCCCUGCUGGAGUCGAUGGAGAGCCAGGUGACCCUGGUGAAGAUGGAAAGGCAGGUGCUGUUGGACCUCCUGGUUUUCCUGGAACUCCAGGGAAUGCAGGAGCCAAAGGAGAUAAAGGUGAACGAGGAGAAGGCCAGCCUGGACCCCGUGGGCCUCCUGGCCCCCCAGGACCCCCAUCUCGCUCUGAUAGGCCUACAUUUGUGGACAUGGAGGGCUCUGGAUUUGAUAUGGACGUUAUGCGGGCAUUGCCCGGUUUGCCAGGCCCACCUGGUCCUCCCGGGCCCCCUGGUCCUGGGUCUUCGGGCUCUGGUGGUUUUGGUCCUCCUGGCCCCCCUGGGCAAAAUGGGGCUCCAGGUCAAACGGGACUACCAGGUCCACCAGGUGCUGAUGGAAAACCAGGCUCACCAGGCACAAGAGGAGAAAAGGGUGACCCCGGAGAUCUGGGCCUACCUGGACCUGUGGGAGAGAAGGGUGCUCAAGGUUCUCCUGGUUCUUCUGGACUCCCAGGAGAGAGUGGGCUUGCUGGUCUUCCAGGACCAAUGGGACCCGUCGGACCACCAGGGCCACCUGGUCCUCCUGGCCCAAGCUAUCAAGUUGGUUUUGAUGAUAUGGAAGGCUCAGGAGUUGGUCACUUCGGUUCAGGAGUCAGAGGACCAGUGGGAAGACAGGGACUUUCUGGUAUCCCAGGACACCCAGGUAAGCCUGGUUUCCCUGGAUUUCCUGGUGAAAAAGGCAGUGAGGGACCUCAAGGAAGAGAUGGCCGUCCUGGGCUGGAUGGCUUCCCUGGACCACAGGGACCAAAGGGGGACAUGGGAGACAGAGGAGACAGAGGUGAACCUGGUCGAGAUGGGACUAAUCUUCCAGGUCCACCCGGCCCACCUGGACCUCCUGGACAAAUUAUUUAUAGACAUUCUGAAAAUUAUGAUAGAGCUGGAGCAGGACCUCAGGGUGGGCCUGGUCUUACUGGCCAAGCAGGAUUCCCGGGCCCAAUAGGACCAAAAGGUGACAGAGGUGAGCCUGGUGCACCAGGCUAUGCCAUUAAGGGGGAGAAAGGAGAACCUGGACUUAUUAUUGGACCUGAUGGUAACCCAUUUUACCUAGGUGGAUUGACAGGCCCCAAAGGUGAAAGCGGGAUUCCUGGACCUGUUGGCCCUCCUGGGCCAUUUGGACCUCCUGGUUUGAAAGGUGAAUUUGGAAUGCCAGGCAGACCUGGCCGUCCAGGUGUAAACGGAUAUAAAGGAGAAAAGGGAGACUCAGGGUCUGGCUCUGGAAAUAGCUAUCCAGGUCCACCUGGUCCGCCAGGACCCCCUGGUCCUCCUGGGCCUGCUGUGCCCUUGGACAGAUUCAGUAGAUAUGAAGAUUUUGCAAGGCAGUAUCCAGCUGCGAAAGGGGAGAAAGGAGACCAAGGAGCCCCUGGUAAUCCAGGAUCUCCAGGUUUUGCCUCUGACUUUGAUAUCUACUCCCUUAAGAAUGAGAUGAAGGGAGAGCGCGGUGAUCCUGGUCUUAAAGGCGUGAAAGGAGAACCAGGUGGUGGAUUUUAUGACCCGCGUUUUGGAGCUGUACAAGGACCACCAGGAAACCCCGGACUUCCUGGGCCUAAAGGAGACUCAAUCAGAGGGCCACCGGGACCUGAGGGCCCACCAGGAUCACCUGGGGUUGGUUAUGAUGGUCGUCCAGGAAACCCAGGUCCUCCCGGACCUCCUGGUCUACCAGGGUCACCAUCCUUGCCAGGGCCCUACAGACCAGCAGUCAAUAUUCCUGGACCUCCAGGUCCUCCUGGCCCUCCUGGAAAUCCCGGCCAAGGUUCUGGGCAGGUGACUGUGCUGAGGUCUUAUGACAUAAUGAUUGCUACAGCACGCAGACAAACAGAGGGUGCUCUCAUAUAUGUUUUGGACAGAAGUGAUCUCUACCUCAGAGUUCGGGAUGGUGUUAAACAAGUGAUGCUUGGUGAUUAUAAACCAUUAUAUGGAGAUCUGAACAAUGAGGUGGCAGCAGUCCAGCCUCCCCCUGUUGUUCCGUAUCCCCAAGACCACAUAGCCAACAAUGGAGCAGAGCCGAUUUCUCCACCACACCAGCCGAUUGAUUUUCCAAGGAGGGAGCCAAAUCAGCAGUAUCCCUCCCAACCCGAACCUAGAUACCCACCCCACACUGAUAACAGGUACAAUCCUGUGCAACCACAAAUCAGAUACCCGGUCACUCCUGGCCGCCAUCCCAGUCCCCCUGUCAAUCAACCUGAAGGCCACACCCACACCUCUGGACCAGGGUUGCAUCUUAUUGCCCUGAAUGCUCCACAAGUUGGCAACAUAAGAGGCAUUCGUGGAGCAGACUUCCUGUGCUUCCAGCAAGCUCGGGCCGUGGGACUGAAGGGAACAUUCAGGGCCUUCCUGUCCUCCAAACUUCAGGAUCUCUACAGCAUUGUCCGCAAAUCUGACAGAGACACACUGCCAAUUGUGAACCUCAAGGAUCAAGUGCUUUUCAGUAGCUGGGAGUCUCUCUUCAGUAAUUCACAGAGCAGGAUGAAGGAUAAUGCUCCUGUCUACUCAUUUGAUGGCAGAGAUGUCCUGAGGGACAGUGCCUGGCCAGAGAAGAUGAUCUGGCAUGGGUCCAAUGGCAAGGGUCACCGGCAGACAGAUAACUACUGUGAGACAUGGAGGGCCGGAGACCAUGCGGUGACAGGCCUGGCCUCCUCCCUGCAGGCAGGCCAACUCCUCCAGCAGACCUCCAGCAGCUGCUCUAGCUCCUACAUCGUGCUGUGCAUCGAAAACAGUUACAUGACACAGUCCAAGAAAUAAAGCCGUCCACAAGAGUUUUUGAACACUCUAAACAACUGCAGUCCCAGUUCAACUCCAAUAGAUGCCUGUGUCUACGAAUGAAAAUAUAUAUAUAUAAACUAAAAAUGUAAAAGAACUGAUUCUGCCUUUACGAGAAUUUGCCCGUUGUCUGCUCCCGUAAAGCCAAAGAGGCAGUUGAACGUGGAGGGUUUUGCGCACUCUUAGGGCAUUGGCACAUAUUUUUCAAGAGGUUGAACCAGAUAAGUGAGGCCAACUGAGGCAGUGUUUUAAGUGUAUUCAUAAAAUAUUUUGUAUAUGAAUUGUUUGUUGUAUGUGUUGUUUUUUAAUGUUUCUUUUAAGAGGUCUUAAUUGGUAUAUUUAACCAAUUUUAGCUACAUAUUGUUGUGUAACUUUUUCCACUUAUUUGUCCAUACAUUUUCCAUUUUCAUCCAAGAUUUUAUUUGGAUACCAAGGGGCAAAUAUUUUGCUAUAGUUAUAGGGAGUAAAACGAGAAAAUAUUUAUUUCGCAAUGAAGAGAGAUCAAAUAUGAUUUGAAACAGAAAAAAAUCUAAACUUGUUUUGCUGUUUUAGUUGGCACUUUUUACAGUUUAAUUCUUCCACAGAUAAAAGUGUGAAACUGAAAUGGUUAACUUUAGCUAAAAAUGUUAACUCUCUCAAAAUAGUCCAGAUUGUAUACUGUAAUAAGGUGCCUUGAAAAUUGCAAUAUGUCUCAAAAGAGUCCAGUUGGUAUACUAUAAUAUGGUGUCUUGAAAAUGUCAAUAUGUCUCAAAAGAAUUUUGUAUAAUUUUGUGAACAAAAUUAUUUUAAACACUUCUGUCACAUUUAUGGGGUCACAUGUGUGUGUGUGUGUGUGUAUAUAUAUAUAUAUAUAUAUAUAUAUAUAUAUAUAUAUAUAUACACACACACAUAAUUAUUGUUAUUAAUAUGAAGUUUUACAUUCUUCUUAGGGUCAAUGCUUUUCUGGUUGAUUCCAGAUUUUUUUUUUUUUUUGUUUGUUUUUCCCGAUAAUACAAAGUGGACGGCAUAAGAGGGAAGCUGCAAGAGUUUUUGUAUUAAUAAAUACUGAUGUAGAAAGAACGAAAAUAUUUAGAUAACUUGUCAAUGAAUUGUUUAGACAUAAAAGAGCUUUUGGUUGCAUUUGGUGAUUUUCACUGAUGAAAACGCUGCUGACAGUGUUGUUUGGGAGAGACAUAGAUGUAUUUUAUGAAGACACUUUAUUUUCUAACCAUAUGGACUUUCAGAUACCUAAUCCACUGUAGUGCUUCUGAUGUAUGCGGUACAACCCUGUGGACCUUCCAAGUUUCCAUGUGCUAUACCAUGUCUCAGAGGCACUAAAUAAACGAUUUUGUUUUCAUUUGCCACAA